ACAGCGAUACUCGCCAGUGGGUCGUUGAAAGGAGGAAACGAAACCUUAAGAUGAUAAUAAUAACUUAACAUUCCCAUUAUUUAAAGACAAUAUAUAGACACUUUGGAUAUCUAACUUGAUAGUGAAAUGUGGGUCAUGGCGGUUAAAUGUGUCAUGAUUAUUUUGGUUUUAUUUGGAAUAUUACAAACAGCUUUAUGUUAUGAACUGCAACUGACUGGUGGGCAAGGCGAAGGUCAAGGUCAAGUAAACGUUCGUCAGAGACCGGGCGAGGUAUGGGGUGUUGUUUGUGACCGAGGGUUUGGGUCCAAUGAGGCGGAGGUCGUCUGUAGACAUCUUGGAUACAAACACGCUCGGGUCGAAGACAAAGUGUACAAGGAGAGUUAUCCCCAAUAUGUACUCGACCAAGUGAGUUGCCAUGGGGACGAACGUGACCUUGAACACUGUAACCAUGACAACUACGGAACACAUUCCUGUUAUACAAACUUUUUCUCCCCUGCUGGAGUCUGCUGUUCAAAUUCUUCGACUUUUGGAGAGUUGGUUGGAGGAGUAUUUGUGAGCGACUGUGGAAACACGUGGUUGGAGGCAGAAUCCGCUUGUGAGUCCCUUGGAGCCGCCCUCACCUCCCCCGCCCACUUCCACGCCUCCCUUGACAACAAUGAAUUCGCGGCCCGCCUCUCCCGCGGGGGAAACCUGACACUCGGGCCGUUUUGGCUCGGAAGCUUCUUUUCACCGUGGAUUUGGUCUCAUGGUUGUGUACUCGCGGAGGAGACCAAUCCAGCAGUUCUGCACAAGGUGUGGCUGACGUCUAACUCCCCACAGUUGUGUGUUCAGCACUGCAGCCUGCUGACAAACACCUUCAUUCUUACAGGAGACACGUGUGCCUGUCUCCAACAGAACACCGUGGUUCCGCGAGUUUCGCCGACGAAAUGCUCCGCUUCCUGUCCCGGCGACGAUAACCGGUACUGCGGGGCCGCUGACGGCAAACUCUGGAAUAUGUACACAACUGCAUCAGACGGAUCUCUGUCUAUCCUAAGAGAGCCGGGAAAAGAUGACGUCGGUCAGUGCGCGGUGUUGGUCAACAACAAGAACGUGGGCAGUAAGAAGCUGAUGACCAGUCAGUGUGAGCUGGACAGAGGAUACAUCUGCCAGGACUUCCAGAAGAGGGAACAGGACUUGGACAUGCUCUUCUUUAAGGAGCCGACCGAUUAUCUGUCAACGGCAGGUGCUCGGAAAGCGUGUCGGAACAUAACCGACCACGAGCUAAUAGGGGCGGACAUUCUUGAGCGCCGGAAGCUGUACGGUGACUAUGAUGAACUCUGGGUUGACUUCAGUCGCGUCCGGACUGAUAUUGAUACCUAUUUAAACGUGUCCAGUUUUAAAAGCCUACAACCGAAGUGGUGUCUGUCAGUGACGUCACGGAAUGUCAAGGCCAGCCUCACGUGCAACGAACGGCGGUUGUAUACAUGUACACCAGUGGAAGGACGUAGUCAACCAGUCACGAAGCCAGCUAACGGAGGGUCGACGGAAGCGCAGAGCCCGGCCAAGGACACCAAACCAGGUACUACUGCUCCCCAUUUAACAACGACCCCAGAUAAGGCCAGGCAAAGGGAGUACAACUAUAACGAGGAGCUGUUACACCUGUCGCUGAUCAUUUGCUCAGCUGUUGUCGUCGCUGUAAUUAUCAUCACAAUCAUCAUCUGCUGGAUCAAACGACUUCGCGGAAAAAGCUCUGGUAUUUGCUGCUUAAAAUCAGACACAGGUGACGAUCCGCGCACGCGCACUCUAACCGGAAAUGAAUAUAGCGCUACUUUUCAUGCCGGAAGUACGGGCCAGGAUGAUCACAUGUACGAUGUUAUUCAAGAAAAGGAAAACGUUUACCUUGAACUUGACCCUUUGAUUGAGAACAAGGAUAAUAGCACAUGUGUUGCUUCCGAAGGAUCAGGCGAAAAUGGUUUGGGUUCUGGGUGUGGCCAAAAUGACAGUGGUUUACUUAAAGAACCGGUAACAAUGCAACGAAGUUAUUCGCACCCCAAUGAUAUGGUAAAGAUUGGUAACACUAACGAAAUUAGUAAGAUCGAUACGUAUACCUAUCCAUAUGAUAUUGUUUAUAGACCUGAGGAUGUUAAAAGUGCAAAUAGUAGUGAACAAGUUAACAUAGCUGGAAAAUAUGACAAGAAAAAGGUCGUAGACUCGGUAUCGUCUGUGGGAAAUGCUGAGGAAAAUGCAGACAAUAAUAUUUAUACACAACACUUACAAAAGCCAGAUGACGGGACUACAGCUACUAUAGCUGUGCCUGCAAACAAUCUUAGUGAAUCAGCGGAGGCUGUUGUGCUUAGAAAGGAGAGGAGAUCUGAACCAGUUAAAACAGUUGAAGUAGAUUGCCGUGAAACACCGCUGAGAAAUUCAGCCUCAUAACGUUUUUUCCAACAAUGAUUAUAUUUAUGUACGAAUAUUAGACGAAUAUAUUAUUCUUGUUUAAAACAAUGUUGAUACAUGUCGUAAAACUAUUUCUAUCGUCGUGCUUUCAUAAAAUGAUAUUGUAUUGUUGCAUAUGUGAGGUAAUUUGAUUAAAAUUUCUAUGCAGA